AUGUCUCAUGCUCUCGGCUUCUUAACUCUCCUGUUGGCAUUUUCAAGAGACGAUGCUCUCUAUGGUCACGCUUUGGUUCGUUGCCAGUUUAGUUCCCAUGACGGUCAUGAUGCUGUGUACCUGGAGCAGUACUACUUCAACAAGAUGCUGGCGGUCCAGUACAACAGCACUUUAGGGGCGGCUGUGGUUCAAUCCCUGGUUCCCCCUGAAGUUGCAGAUAUUUUUAGCAGGAAUCCCAGUUUUGUGCAUUUAGGGAAAUGGAAAACAGAACGUUGUAAAAGAAACGCCCAAGUGUUUUAUAGUGGCCUUCUGAACCCAGUUGAGCCCUCCGUCAGGCUUAGGUCAGUUGAGACAGCGGGCAGCAAAUAUCCAAGGAUGCUCGUCUGCAGUGUGUACGACUUUUAUCCCAAACAAAUUUGGGUGACUUGGCUGAGGAACGGAAAGAAGGUGACAUCUGAUGUGAUGUCCACUGAUGAACUGCCCAAUAGGAAUUGGCUCUACCAGAUGCACUCCUAUCUGGAGUUUACACUCAGACCAGGAGAGAAAAUAACCUGCAUGGUGGAGCACACCAGCCUCCUGGAGCCCAAACUUUGUGACUGGGAGCCCAUGCCUGAGUUCGGGAUGGAUAAGAUUGUUGUUGGGAUGGCAGGGCUGCUGUUGGGUCUGGUCUUUGUAGUUGUUGGGCUGAUUUACUACAAGAUGAAGUCUGUGCGGGUUUUGGUGCCAACAACUGAGGGUUUAUAUCCAGAGCACACACUUUAAGUCGGAGAAGCCUG